AGAGGGGCGUCUCCCCCGAGGACAAGGCGUCUGCUGCCGCUGCUCGUCUCAGUUGUCCGUCAGCGGCGGGGAUCUUGUGUGCUAAGAGCCGCGUACACCGCUCCACUAUUGUUAUAGUGACGGCUGCUGAUCCACAGGCUGCUGGCACCAUGUCAGUGGCGGGGCUGAAGAAGCAGUUCCAUAAAGCAAGUCAGCUUUUUAGUGAGAAAAUAAGUGGAGCGGAAGGAACAAAACUUGAUCAUGAUUUUCAAGAAAUGGAAAGAAAAAUUGACAUCACCAAUAAGGUUGUAGCCGAACUGCUCUCCAAAACCACAGAAUAUUUACAGCCGAAUCCAGCUUAUCGAGCCAGGCUAGGAAUGAUAAACACCAUGUCAAAAAUCAGAGGACAAGUGAAAACUACAGGUUACCCUCAGACAGAAGGAUUACUAGGGGAUUCAAUGCUGCGCUAUGGCAGAGAACUGGGGGAGGAAUCGGAAUUUGGCAGCGCCUUGCUGGAUGUGGGAGAAAGUAUGAAACAAAUGUCAGAAGUAAAGGACUCUCUUGAUAUUAAUGUCAAGCAGAACUUUCUCGAUCCUCUGCAGUCCUUGCAAGACAAAGACUUAAAAGAGAUUUUGUAUCAUUUGAAAAAGCUGGAAGGCCGCCGCUUAGAUUAUGACUAUAAGAAGAAACGACAAGGAAAGGUUCCAGAUGAAGAAAUUCGACAAGCAGUGGAAAAAUUUGAAGAAUCUAAAGAAGUGGCGGAACGAAGCAUGUUUAAUUUUCUAGAAAAUGAUAUAGAACAAGUGAGCCAGCUGGCUGUAUUCACGGAGGCGGCAUUAGACUACCAUAGACAGUGUGCACAGAUCCUGGAAGACCUCCACAACAGGUUAUACAGCAGAAUGAAUUCUGCAUCCAGUCGCCCUAGGCGGGAGCAUCACUCAAGAUCCAUAAUGUCAGUCUUAGACUCAGAUGAGAGGCUACAGCACAAUGGAAUCUCCAGCAGUUCAUCCAUCAAGUUAUCAGGUUCCGCCAUUCAGUUGGAUCAGCCUUGCUGCAGGGCACUGUAUGACUUUGACCCUGAGAAUGAAGGUGAACUUGGCUUCAAAGAAGGAGACAUUAUCACAUUGACCAAUCAAAUAGAUGAGAACUGGUUUGAGGGAAUGGUCAACGGGGAAUCGGGAUUCUUUCCAAUCAACUAUGUUGACAUUGUUGUUCCCCUUCCACAGUGAAGAUCGCACAGACAUCUUUGACACAAUUCCACCAUCUUACAAAUAGACUCUUAAAACCUUCUGAAUGUGGCAUUCUGUGAACGCCUUGCUACUCGAGUGACUUAAAUUUAUUGUGUCAUCUCUUUUAUAUGUAUUUAUUUUGUAUCGAUUUUUAUUUUUAUGAAGACAUGGACACUGUUACAAGGACGUGCAAAAAAAAAAGAUUCUAUUUUGUCAUUGUAUGGAGAUUGUUUCAUUAUGUUGCAAAUGUGGCACCUGUUGCAUGAAUGUUGCCUAUUUUUAAGAUUUUUUUCCCCCUCUUCUUAAAGGGUAUCCAACAUUCAAAAAAAAAAACAAUUCAGAAAAAAAAUGCACUACAUUUGUCUGCAGGCUGGGUGUGGUUUUACAGCUCCGUUCCAUUGAAGUGAAUAGAGUCAAGUUGUAAUAUCACACACAACAUGACUGGUGCUGUUUUUGGGAAAAAUUAGCUGUUUGCUUUUUUUUUUUUUUUAACUACUUGAUAACCCAUUUAAAUCCUUUUAAUGCCAAGUUUCCACACAGGUUUUUUUACUGGCAUUUUUUUGAAAACUGCUACUGAGGUUUUUGAGCCAAGGUCAGAAGUGGAUCUGUGGGGAAGGAGAAGUACAAGUCCUUCCUUUAUAUUUCCCAUUCCUUUUCAAUACACUUUUGGCUUUGGCCUAAUAGUAUUUUAAAACCCACAAACAAGUCUGGAGAGGUCAGACUUAAAACUCCAGUUCUUAACUGUGAAUGUUGCACAAUUUGCAUUAUAAACCUGUGUCAAAUUUGUGGUAUGUUGUCUUAAUAUAAAUGACUAUGUCUAUAUGACCAAAUAUAAUAAAUAUAUCACAAAACAGCA